CUUUACAUAACACGUGGUUAGAAAAAUAAAUAGAAAUCCAGAAAUUCAUCGGAGGAUAUCAAGGAGGAAAGUACGAGUGCUUCAUAUCAGGUUUAUUUAAAUAUUUAAAAAAAUGCCUGCCAAAGUGAAAAAUAAUAUACUCAAAUACGAGGGCAGCAAUUAUCUUAGAUAUCGCUUAUUACUGUCUACGUUAUCUAUGAAACCAAUAAAAAUUAUAAAUAUUAGAACGAAAAAUGAUGAACCUGGUCUUAAAGAAUAUGAAGUUAAUUUUAUUCAUCUUUUGGAUAAACUCACUAAUGGUACAAGAAUUGUGUUAAAUGAAACUGGUACCGCUGUAUAUUAUAAUCCUGGCUUAUUAAGAGGUGGUGAAUUGGAACAUGAUUGCAGCUUGCAGAGAGGUAUCGGGUAUUACUUGGAACCUAUUAUGAUACUUGCACCGUUUUGUAAAGAACGUAUUGAUUUGAAACUCAAAGGAGUGACCAAUAAUACUAUAGAUCCAUCAGUGGACAAAAUCCAGACUGCUGCUAUACCAAUAUUGAAAAGAUUUCUAGUAGGUGACAAUGAAGUUGUGUUAACCAUUCACAAAAGAGGGGUACAACCUUUGGGAGGUGGAGAAGUACAAUUUAAGUGUCCUGUUAGUCGUUAUCUUAAAACAAUUCAGUUAGAAGAUAGUGGACAGGUAAAACGUAUUAGAGGUGUUGCAUGUAGUUUACGAGUUUCUCCAGCAAUUGCUAAUCGCAUUGUGGAAUCAGCGAAAAGUGUUCUCCUUAAGUUUUUACCAGAUGUAUAUAUUUAUACAGAUCAUUGUAAAAAGUCAGCUAGUGGGAAAUCCCCAGGUUUUGGUGUCACGCUGACAGCAGAAACUACAAAAGAAGUAUUCUUUAGUGGACAAGCGUUCUCUCCAUUAAUGACGACAGGUUCGUUACCAUGUGUACCCGAAGAUCUUGGCAAAGAAGCUGCAAUGAAACUUCUAGAUGAAAUUCACAGGAAUGGAUGUGUAGAUUCUUGUUUUCAAUGUAUGAUUGCUGCAUUCAUGACGCUUGGCAAACACAACGUUUCUAAAAUUACAGUAGGACCAUUAACUCCAGCAAUGAUACAGUUUUUACGCGACUUACGGGACUUCUUUGGAAUUACUUUUAAAAUUGACCAUGUCAAAGAAGAAGAUGAAGUAUUACCACAAGUGCGUUUAACUUGUUUAGGUAUAGGUUAUACUAAUAUGAAUAAACCCAUGCUAUAACAUUGUAAAUAUUGUUAUUAAAAAUUAGAUUUUAUAUA